AUGAAUCAAAGCAGUGAAGGAUGUAUGAAAAAGAUUAGCAGUGUGAAUAUUGACAAACUUAUAAAUGACUUCUCACAGAUAGAAAAGAAAAUGAUAGAAACCAGUGGAAAAAACAAUAUAAUGGAUAUGCAGUUGGAAAAAGCUAACUGUUUACUGAAAGUAAUGCAAACAAAGGAGGUCGCAAUUAAGGAAGAAUGUGCUACUCUUCACGAUGUGAUAAAAGGGCUACAACAGACCAUUGAAUAUCAACAUAAUUUGAAAGGUGAAAAUGAACAACUAAAAAGAAAUGCUGAUCUUAUGAAAGACAAGUUAAAAACUCAUGAACAGGAAUAUAAGAAUAAUAUUGCCAAACUUAUGAGUGAAAUGAAAGUCAAAGAGGAGGGACAUAAGAUAGAAAUAACAAAACUUUAUCAAGAUAUGAAGAAACAAGUGGAAUUAAUUGAAGAAAAGAAUAAAGAACUGAUAGAGAAAAAGGAGGUGGAAAUUUCAGAGUUAAAUGAAAAGUUGAAAGCUCAAGAAAAGGAAAAACAAAAUGAAAUAAUCAAACUACAGCUAGAGUUUGAUGCCAAACUAGCAAGAUUUCAAACUAAAUCAAAAUCAUAUCCAGAUUCUACUGUUUUGCCACACAGUAUCUACAGAAGGAAGCUUCAGCAUCUUCAAGAAGAGAAAAACAAGGAGAUUUCAAUUCUUCGUAAUACCAUUCGCGAUUUAGAGCAACGCCUCUCUGUCAGCAAAGAUUCUCAACUUGAACUUGUUGGCAAAGCUUCUCACUUUAAGCAUAGACGGUUUUGAGUGUAGAAGUAAAUUCAUUAGCUGCUUUUAAUUUCUUUGAAAGCAGUUGAAAAUUCAUUUCUAUUGUCAAUAUAACAUACUACCUAAGUAAUAACAACAAUGAAAAC